GAGAAGGCAAACCAAAGGGAAAGGCAAAAAAAACAUGACAUGGAAAAGACAGCUCGGCAGUCAAGAAAGCGAGUCUUGUAGGUGAUCCCUUAUGUAGAUGUUGUACUGUAGGUAAAAUGAAAUUCGGGUUAAAAUAGUUUCAAUCUAGGCUGAAUUCAAUUCCUUUGUUUCUAACUCUAAUAUUAUGCAUGACUGACUCUGUAAAUAAACUGUGUCAAGAGUACACCUCAAGUAAGUGGUAACUAUCAAUCGCACCAUGGUGUGUCAAUGUACCCCUGGUUUCACAAGACAGUUUAAGUCUCAACCAAGGGUAACAACAUUGUACUUUGGUACCAGGGGCCAAUUUAAGGGUAGGUCCGAGGGGAGGUUCCCUUUUUUGUAAAAUUUUCUUUAACUGUUAAAGGAUUCUCAGUGAAAUAAAAAGCAUCUAUAUAGCUGGCAAGUGCUGCGGCCACCCCUUUCUGAAUUUUUUGGAUCCGCCCUUAAAUACUCUUUUGCAGUAAUCACUCUUUUAGUUAUGUUAAAUAAACUAUCCUUGUUUUGAAGCAGACUUACAUUGUACAUAAAAAUGUUGUCUCCUUUAUAGCUACAAUCGCUUCAUUCAGAGCAAAGACUUAUCAUCAAAAUCCGCUGAAGACAUGGCAUGUAUCUUUGGUCAGCGAAGCAAGUCAGCCCCUGGAACUCCUCAGGAUUAUUCAGAGGUUGUUAUAAACCUCAAAGUACUUUAACUUUAAUUUGUACUGUUAAAUUUUAUUUCGUUUUCUGGUUUGUAGUUUACUCUUUAGAUUAAUAGUAAAACUAUUCUUUUUUCUUGAAAUCUUGGCUUACAUACUUGAGUUUGAGGCAAAGGUGUGUUUUUUGUCUUGGUGGAUCUUACAAAGACGCAAUACACAUGAAUUCAACGUCUUUCCAGAAAUGUAACUACAUUCAAUAUGAAUCACCAGAUAUCUUCUCUUGACCACUCUCGCUUUUUUUCCUUAUAAUCAUUAUAAUGCUGAGUAGUACAUUUAAAUAGCUUUCAAGGCUGUUGAGUUUAUUAUGCGCGAGAAUUAUCAUUACAAGUAGAAGGUAGACAUCAAAUAUUUGUUUUUGCUGCAAACAAACUUACAACCUAUAAGAUCCGCUCUCAGUAUGCUCUCUUCAAAUGAACGAGGAAAUUAAGAGAGAUUUAAAGUCACGUUUACGGUAAACGGCAAACGUGGAUUUUUGCCACGUGACCAAGUUUUCCCUCUACAUGUACUUGUCUUUAACUGUUCUUUUCUUCUACAAAAAAUGAGUAGUUUCACGUGACUUUCAGCCAAAAGAAUUGUUUUAGAGUAUUUUUAACUGCUCAUUUUCUAUUUUGAGAAAUUCUCAACUCCAGUCUGCCCUUUGCCGUAAAAGUGACUCUAAAUCUCUCUAUUGUAUGAACGUGUCUGCGCCAUAUUGGUUAAAUAGGUAUGCCCUUUAGCUGCAAUAAACUAUCUAGCUGUCUGUCCAAAUUCUGUAUGAACCUUCAGUGGAACUUUUCAAUGGAAACCUCACGAGAAAUAGAUGGUAUAGUAAACAUCGUUUUCUUAGUUUUUUUAGGAAGUGAAAUUGAGAGCGUUUUCUCGUAUUUGUCUUCCUGUUUCCCGUGUUAGGGUGAAGAGUCAGACGAAAGCACAUCGUCUUGUCCGCCUCCAGCCAUCCACGGUGUCAAAACCAUCACCUCAGGCCAGAGUAUUCAAGAAUACUUUGAGAAAAAGAUGAAAGAAAUAAAGGCCGCGAGGGAGGGCAAGGCAGCGGGACAAGAGAUGAACAAAGAGGAACAAGCAUCUGCAGAUGAAAUUCAGGGGAAUAAUUCGGCGAAUCCAGAAAACUGUGGGAAAGAAUCGAAGUUAAGGAAAAAGAAGGAGAAGGGACGAAAGAGGAAAUUUUCAACGGAGAAUCCUGAGCCGCAAAGCGAGGAAGUUAUUACAGAGGUUGAUAAAGAUGAGCGCUCCGCAAAGAAAAAGAAGAAAAACGAGGAUUUGGACGUGAAACUCGAAGAAAGCGAGGAUGUAGUUGUAGUCCAGGAAGCACGAAAAGUGGAGAAAAAGAACCGGAAAAGAAAGGAAAAGAAAGCUAAAAUGACAGACUCUGAGAUUUGCGACGUUGGUGUAAUUCAAAGUGACAGCAAAGAGUGUUCGACAAUGAAGGAUGUGAAACCUAUAAAGGGAAAAGACAAGAUCUGUAAAAACAAGGACAAGAAUAUAUCUCAUGUAGAGAAAAGCGUGAUAAAAGACAAGAAGGUUAAAUUGGAAAAGCCAAGAGACAUUAGUGAGGAAGAAGAAAGUAAAAACAAUAACGGAAAGAAAGGGAAAAAGGGUAGAAGUUGUAUUUCUCAUGACUUGGCCAAUGUUGAAUUUGUGGCAAAGAAGGAUCGAAAGAAAAAGAAGAAAAAAGAUAAAUCUAAAGAGGGCAAGAAACGUGAAUAA